ACUGAGUGUGCAUGACGCGAGAAGCAGCAGAAGCAGGGAGAGGAGGAGGGGCACUACACAGGAAGAGGCGCCGCGCCGCAGAGGACCCUGCAGGACAGUAAACAGAAGGUUUCCCGCGCGGCUGGAGAGGGCAAGAUGACCACGGUGUGGAACGAGCAGCGACCCCUUAAAGUGGUGGUGGUGGGGGACAGCACGGUGGGGAAGACUUCUCUCCUCAACUCCUACAACACCGGGAAGUUCCAUGAGGCAUACGUGCCCAUCGUGUACGAGAACUUCACGGGCACGCACACGGUGGACGGGGUCUCCUACACUCUCGUGAUGUGGGACACGGGCGGUCAGGAGGAGUACGAGAGGCUGAGGCCCUUGUCCUACCACGGGACGCACGUGUUCAUCCUCUGCUUCGCCCUCGACAACCGCGCCAGCUUCGAGAACGUCUCCUCCAAGUGGCUGCCUGAGCUCCACAAGCACUGCCCCAAGACACCCAUCGUGCUCGUAGGUACCAAAAUGGACGUGAGGAACCUGGACGUGCUAAUGCCCCACGACGGCAAGGAGCUGGUCGAGCGUCACCAGGUGUCCAAGUACGUGGAGUGCUCGGCCAAGACUCAGGAAGGGUUACAAGAGGUCUUCGACGCCGUCGUGAGGACCCCCAUUGCCGCAGUGGAUCAGCGAUCACGCCGUUGUGUUAUCAUAUAGCGGGAGCUUCACCUAGACCUCUCGUCCUUUUAAUCUCUCGUUACUAUAUAAUUUUACAGGACUUAAUUGUGUAGUUUUGCCCGAGAGUGAGGGAGGAGGUGUGGAAUGGCUGUGUAAUGGUAUAGUGUGUUCUUAUGUAUAUCUCUCCUCCCUUCAAGCUCUCGUUACUAUCAUUGUGUUCAUAUGUAUACCUCUCCUCCCUUCAAGCUCUCGUUACUAUCAUUUUACGGGACUUACAUGUGUAGUUCGUGAGGGAGGAGGUGCGGGGAAUGGCUGAUGAAUGGAAAGGGUGGUGAAUGUGGUCCUGUGUUAUGCAGGGGGUUAUUGUGGAGGCACUCGGUGCCUCCAAAAUACGAUAUUACGCCUCCAUAUUAUAGUUAAGGGACGAAAUACAUGUCCCUCAACCAUAAUGAUAAUAUGAAGGCGCAAGCACUCAAAAGUAAAGAAAAAGGCCUAAUCCCCUUCCCCUAGAGUCCCUUGAUAGAGUACUUCAAAAACAUAAUUUUCCUAUUUUUGGAGCGGACACGGCUGCUUUUUAAUAUAGCAAUGCCUUGCUGCCUGGCUUGCGGCUGUAGUAACAGGCCGGAGAGGGGAUAUAAAGUUUAUAAAUUCCCUGCAAGUUCGCUGAGAAGACAGAGUUGUGCUAACAAAGUCAGUCUUCUUGGGAGGAAACCAUCUCGUUGGUCAGGUUUAUGCCAGAUAUGCAGUGUGUGUGUUUUGCAAUAAUAACUGCCCUCCCUUUGUACUGUCUAUGGAGGUUAUUGUGAGAGAGAUAUUGCUACAGGGCCUGAAACAAUCGUUCACCUCACUGUCAUCAGAGGUCCAAACAUCGUUGCUGAUGAGGGAAGUUGUCGCCCAUAUGGUCAAUAUUAUUGGAUGUGAUCUCUCCGACAGGGCUUUAGACUCAUAAUGGAUAUUUCACAGUCUCAUAGAUGUCAGUCUCACGGACUGGACGUGUUACAAGAUUUUGGAUAAAAAGAAUUAAUGUUACUUCCGGUAUUCCAUACGUCUUGGUAAAACUACAGAAUCACACCCAACUCACUCCAUUUUUUUUUCUUUUUUACAACACAGAGAGCAGCUCAAGGGCAACAAAAAGAAGAUGUAAGAGAAAAAGCCCGCCAACUGUUGCUCUCAUAUAGCGAUUAUUAAAGACUGCUGGGUUGGAGUAAUUGUAAUUGUAAUUUAAUUAAAAUGUAAUUAAAUACAGUAUUAUUGUAAUUGUAAUUAAUUAAAAGAUGAGGUAAUUUGUAAUUUAAUUGUAAUUAUAAAAUGGAAGUGGUACUGGUCGAGCUCCAUUAGGAGUGAUGGGUUGCUUAUAAGACUAUAUUUGCUGGUGACAGUCAGGAAGUCGGAGGCGGCAGCUCCGCCACUAUAUAGAGGCAGUAGCGCGCGUGAUGGGAACGUCCAGUUGCUGACCAUGUCCUAUAGCUAAUGUGUGUUAAACGAGAAACAGACGGUCUUUUGCUGCUACUGCCCCCUGCGACAUAAUUCAGUUCACUUCCUCCAAAACCUUUCUACAUUGAGGUUCAGUAACGCUGGCUGCCUACUCGCUAGGCUUCUUAAGGUAAGACGUGUAACUGUGACGUGAUGAUUUUGUAGCCCAUGGGUGAUGUUCGUUAUGUAAUUGUAAUUGUAAUUGAAUUUGUUUUGAAGUAAUUAUAUAAUAGUAAUGUAAUUUCUAUUUUUAAAUUAAUUAUAAUUCUAAUUCUAAUUCAAAGUUUCUGAAAGUAUUUGUAAUUGUAAUUGUAAUUAUUUUUUCAAGUGUAAUUACUCCAACCCUGGUAUAGUGGCCAAAAGAGAGGUCAAUUUCGGAUGGAGAGGUGCCUUGAUACACUCUUCUUGAGAGAGGCCAAGUCAUAGGUCAAGUCUAAUGAUUAAAACAUUAUUUUUAGACAUAUUUACUAAGCAUCACUCUGAUACCGGUUUCCAUUAUUAUUAUUCGUUUCUGAGAUUUUAACAUGCGGGGAAAGUUACUAUUUUAGAGUGAUAAGUUGGGUACUAUUUGCUCAAGUGAUGAGUCUUCAGCUAGAAACUCCUCUAAGUAGAGCUAUAAGUCCCUCUUUAUUUAAUAUCUUAAUGUAUAAGGUUGCACAGUCUUCAUUUCCAUGGGUACCAAUGUCAUUAUGAUAUUAUGAUUAAGACUUUUUCUACAAUUUUCUCUUAACCUAUUUUGACCCUCAAGCAAAAUGAAAUAUGUUCAAAUAGCCUUAAUGUUUUAUUGUAUUAUUUUUUCAUCAAUAAUAAGCAUUUCAAUAUUCAAUUAAAUUCAGUGUUAUUGAUAUAUAAUCAUUGAUGAAUUAUCUUCACAAUUCCUCGGAAUUGCACAGUAGGCUACAUUUAUUGCACUAGCUACAUCCGUGUGUGUGUGUGUUAACACAGGAGAGCAGCACGGCGAGUGGUAAUGGAAUCAGUGUCCCCUUCCAACCCCCUGUCAUUACCUUGCACUAAUUUUCUCUCCAUCGGCUAAAUGUUUACUGCAAACAAGUGACAGAAAGGAAACGAGAUGCCUUGGCGUUGAUGGAGCUUUGGUGGUGUGUUUAAUAACGUAGCAUGUGACAAGUAUAUUAGUAGGUCGAACAGUUUACGACGUUCAGGAGGCAGCGUCCCUCCCUGCAGGCAAGGGUCACGCGAGGAAGGGAUUUGUGGGUAAGAGAAAGACUUCCUCUACUACUGCCGAUAAUGUUCUACAGCGAUAAGUAUUGUUAAAUCCAUCCAUCUUUUAUCUUUUAUUAUUUAUUCCACUCUUGUAAGUCUUUUUUUCUUCUCUGGUGAUCAAGCCAUCUCCACCACUCCACAACCAUUUCUCUCCCUAAAAUCCUGUAACCAACCUUCUCAGUAAUUGGUGCCUGACCUGUAUGUUGCAUUUUCUCCAUUUACUGAUUAAUAUACCUCUAACAAUGACAUGCAUGAUUGUGAAACACGGUUGGUUGACGUCGAGUCAAAUAUAGACUAUUAUUUGCGUA